AUGCGACAUCCAUACCUGCAUGUUCCUUCCUCGCCCCCCAGCAGCCGAGAUGUGAGCUGUUCAGGCACCGCGCGUCCUUCUAAGCGUCGGCCUUCUUCCUCCGUCUUUCUCCGCCUGUCUCUGUGCCUCUUCUCCGCAUGCAUCCUCCUCCGCCUCUUUUCUCCCGGCGCUCUCGCGGUGUCUGUACACUGCAGCGUUCGCGGGGGUUCCUGCGGAGGUUCCUCCGGCCGCCGAGGUGAACUGGGAUGGCUAUCCACUCCGACUUCUGCCUCUCUUGUUGCGCCGGUAUGGAGCGUUUCAUGGCAGGGAGCAGGAGAACAACACCCGUUGCCUUCUCGCGUCGUUCCGCGUUUUGCCUCUCCUUCUCCUUCGACUCGUUUCGCGUCUCUCCGUCCUUCUCUUCUUGCGUUCCUCUCGCUUCCUUCUCCGUCGCCUUCGUCCUCUUUCCUCGCUGCCUCUGAGGGACGAGGUGGAGCUCUGCAGAGGCGGCCAGAUGCCACGGAGAGCAUGCACAUGCAUGCGGGGAGCGACGGUAAAAGAGACAGUUUCUCGCGACAAAGAAGCGUUCGCGAAACGCAUUCAGAGACCCGCAGACACGCUGGCGUUGCUCCUUUCUCCACCUCUUCAACAGCGGCGGGGGGCGAUGGAGGGAGACCGGGCGCCUGCGGCUUCUCGAGACCCUGGGACUCCAGAGGUUCUCAUGACACUCGCAGACAAGCCGUUCUAGCGCCCGAGUGCGUCUCUCUCCACUUCGGUUCUUCUCUCCAGUCUGCUUCUACAUGCUCUUAUCUUCCUUCUCCUCGUUUUUCCUUUCCUUCUCUCCUCCCGGCUUCUCUCUCGUCGGUGUCUUCCUCGACGGCUUCUCCGUCCUUCUCUUCCUCUUCUCUUGGCUCUUCGCCUGACGGGAGUCGGUCAGAAGAGGCGGAAGCCGAGGCACUGCAUCGCCUCGCAGGUUUGGAGAUGUGGGGAGAGAUGCUUUCUCUCGGCGCUGCGUCUUCCCUUUCUCCCGCGUCGUCUCAGUCCUGUGUUCCUCCUUCCUCCACUGCCGCUUCUUCUCCUUCGGCUUCUGCUUCUCUCGCGUCUGCUCGCUCCCCAGAAGCAGCCGCCCCCCAGAAGCUGAUUGUGUCUCAACUGCCGUCAGGCGAGGCGCGUCUUCAGCGCCAGCAUGCUUCGCUGUCGUCGUCGUACUUAUCUGGGCAUUCUGGAGAGUCGCGCAAGAGCCUCGUUGACACAUUCAGAGCGAAAGAGGAAUUCCGAAACUCUCUCCAGUUCCUCGCUUUGCCUCUCGACACCGUGCUCUUCUACCUCGUCGUUUCUCCCUCGGACGGCCUCCUCUUCCUCCAAGAUGGCGGUCCGUACUUGCUGUUGCAGCAUCUCGAGCUUCAGCGGCAACGCCUCGGUCACUCGGCCCAGGGGACUGUCUUCACCUCAUCGCUUUCCUCGUCUUUUCUGACUCCAGAUGUGGACCUCUACGACCUCCGUUACGCCCACCACUGCAUGCGGCAGAAGGUGACGCAGGCUGCGUUGAGGCUUCAGAGUCAGUUAGAAGGCCAGCUGCUCGAGCGCGAAUCCGCUCGCGCUCUCGAGGCCGCUGCGGGGGGUCCGACAGGUCGAAUCCACGUGGAAGACACGGUGGGAGGAGACCGGAAGAGAGACGCUCUCGAGUCGGCUGAGGGCGUUCGUGGGUACUACGCACUCGCCUGUCGCCUCGUGGACGAGUUCUUUGCGGCUCUGCAUGCGCGACUUCCGCGGAGCAGACCGGAACCCGUCGCGCUCUCUGCAGCUGGCGCAGGCGAAGAGGAGCCGAGGAGGGCAGACUUGCGGGUGACGCGAACUGAGAAGGAGGCGCUGAUGUCGGAGUUGAAGGUCGGGGCAAACGAGGCAGAAUCUCGCGAAAAACGCGAGAGCGAAGGCGCCCUCGCUGAGAAGCUGCAGAAGAUCCAGAGGACCACGAUCGAGCUGAAGAAGGCCUGGGAGGUGUACAGGCAGCGUCUGUUUUCCGAGGACGAAGUCCCCCCGUUUGAGAGACUGGAAAUUCUCUGGAACUCGAAUGUGUCAUCACUCUUUGAAAUUCGAGAGGCGCAGGGAGUCCGCGAUGGCCGAGAGAGUCCCGACAGAAGCGGCAACGAGACCGAGAAAUCGGGGAAUCCAGCGCUGCUCCUCAGAUUGCCGAGUCUCGUUCUUCACACAGCGCUCGCCGAAUUCGAAGAAUCAGGCAGAGAGACAGUUCUCAAGUGGGUCGUCUUGAAAGCGAUGCUGCGAAUCUUCGAACUCACCACUCCAGACGCCUUUACGCUCGCGGGAGGAACCGACCUCGAGGCUCUCCGUGGUGCACUAAAGAAAAAGUCUGAGAAACUCGUCGAGGCAGAACGCAGGUCGUUCGCAAUGCGGGGUCUCCCCAGGUUCGAAUCCACUGUAGAUACGACUGAGGAAGAUGAGGCCAUUGCAGCAGCUACGUCGCCGCCUGCAGCGCUGGUCGCGUCUGCGUCUUUGCGGAGAAAGCGGCUGGAGAUAUUCGAGGUUCUUGAGGAGCAGGAGGCGAAGGCCCGCGAGAAAGGCGAAACGAGACAGCGAGAACGAGCGUCUCCAACCUCCGACAACAACGCGUCGUCGGAGGCUCCUCUGCUCUUCCCCUUUGAGUGGGUUGAAGGACCCUGGCUGGAGUCCGUCCUCGCCAGAGGUCAGGAGAAACGGCUCCUCAGCAGCUGGCUUGGAGGCGCCUCCCGCAGGCACACGGGGACAGCAGAUCUGUUUGAGACUUUGCUUCGCUCUCAGGCUGCGCUGUCGCCCUCUGAGGCCCUGCGGUUCGUCGCGGGAUUUCUCCUCCGUUGGCCGCGGCGGCCAGGCCUGUCGGAGGUUCAAGCGACUGCGGCGCUGCGAGCCUCGGAAGCUGCGGCGCGAGACCGCGAACAGGAUCUGCAGAAUCGGCGAGAACGGCAGAGCGAGAAGACCUUGGGAACGUCCGGCGCGGUCUCGCCAGACGAAGAAGACGGCGAAGGCGUCUUCCCAGUGCAGCAGAGAGCACUCGCAGGGGCGCUGCUGGUGGGCGCCCUCGACAAGGCAGCGGGCAUCAUUGAACCGGUGAGCAGUCGCCUGCAUGCGCAAAUCGUCAGCGUCGGCAAACAGCUGGUCCACCUGAGAGAGCGCGUCGCACAGAGGAAGGGCAAGAGUUUCUUCGACGGCCCGAGAGCCGAGUCUCAGGGAGGGAAGGACAGUCCGGAAGACGGGAGGCGAGAACACGAGAAGCCGGAGAGGGCUGCAGAAUUCCUCCUCAAGGCCGAGGAGAAACGAGGCGGAGAAGGAUUCCUCGACAGCCAACAACGAACCCUCCUUGCACAACUCAAACGCCAGCAAGAUGAACAAGCCGCUCUUCUCAACCUCGUCGAGAGACAGCUGAUUGCCGGUGUGUUUCUUUUCCUGGACGAGGCAGUACGUUUCCUGAGACCCUCGGAGACGUCGGCUGCUCUGGACCUCGCCGCGCUCUCCUCGAGUUACACCCCAGAGGAGUCUGAGCGGCAGAAGCAGACUGAGGGAGGCAAACGAACGCCCCAUGCGCUCCUCGACUCCAACCGCGUGCUGCAGACCUUCGUGGAGGCACAGCUGUUCAUUUACGAUGUGUUUCGCUCUCUGCGAGUCGUUCUUCACCAGCAGAAAAGCGAAGCUCAGAAGCUCGAAGACGAGCUCCGAGUCCGAGAGCGGCCGCCGGAGUGCGACGACACACGGGGAAUGGAAUCCGCUUCGCUCCCUUCAGUUCCAUUCCCUUCCUUGUCCUUUUUGCGAGGAGAGAAAAGCGAGCCAUCUGUGAAGGCGGAGGGAAACGAUGGCGGCGAAGCUCGGCGGGAGGUGGCUUCCCCUGCAGGCGCCGACGAUGGGGCUUGGCCUCAGUCCGUCGCUCUCGAGCCAGACGAGGUCCCGUUGGUUGUGGAGAAUAUGAUUGCUUUUUAUCGGCGAGAAGUUUUCGACGACAUGCUUCCCGCGUCGAUCCAGCUGAGUCUCACUUCGCACCUGCACGACCUCUCUGCAGCGGCCUUCUUGCCCGCUCUCGCUCCUCGCAUCCACCCCUUGGCCAUUCCGAUUCAAGCUGUUUCUACAGCGAUCGGAGAGGCCGGCGGUCGCCCCUGGCACAUGCAGUGGAAGGUGUACAUACACGAGGCGAUUCGCGACCCUGCUUUGCUAGCCUACGCAGUUUUGACUGCUUUGUUCGACAUCUGGAAACGAACAGCUCUCCCGCCACGCCUCCCCUUUGCUGCUCAAAAGGAUUUCCAAGCUCCUUCACAAGCAGACGUUGCUUCCUCACCACAAUCGACUGCUUCCCCUUCUCCUGCGUCUUCCGCUUUUCCUUCACCUUCUGCGUUUUCCUCUUCAGCCUCGCAGGGGGGUCUGGAUGGCGGGUCUCGUUCUAGUUUGUCUGAGAGUAUGCAGGUGACUCCUGAGAUGGCGGAGGCGCAACGCAGAUCGGCGGCUGAACUGGAAGCUCGCACGGCGCUUGCGGAGCGGCACAUGCAUGCAGUUGGCUGUUGCCAGGGCCUCCGCAAGUGGCUGUGGAUUCGCCGUGUGAGCGAGGAGAACGGCUGGCCCUUCUACGUUGGCAUGUUCAGAAACGAAAUGACCUCUGACCUCGGUCUUCCGGACACCCAGGCCGACGCCACUGCCUCCUUCACGCCCUGGCUGAAGCACGAAGAGGAGGCCCUCCUCUUCGCCGGGUGUCUGGAUACUCGGGAACGGCAAAUUGUCCAGGAAACGCUCCAGAGCCCGGGGCCGGGUGCGAGUGUUCCUUCAUCUCUCUUUGCACGCCUGGUGUCCAACGGCUUGUCUCCUGUUCGCGCGGCGUCUCUGCUGAAGCGUCUCGUGCGACGCUCGUCUCCAAGGCUACCGCAUGCAUUUCCAGCGACCCACGUUCCCCUCCACUACGAUCCCUACACGACUUGUCCGUAUCGCAGUGCUGCCGAAACCGCCGGGAAGCUGCAAAAAGGGGUCGACUACGAUGCGUCGGCGGCCUCGGACGAGCUUUCGCGGUUCCGUGGCGGCCGCGACGACGACGACGAUGACGAUGAGCAGCGAUAUGGCAAGGAUGUUGGCCCCACGACCGAAAAGCCGUUAACUGCGGCGGAGGCAGCAGCGGCAGUGGCACGCGCAGGCACUGGCGAGCAGGCCGCGGAAACCGAACGCCAGGGCAUGUUUCCUGAGUUGUACAGACACUGGACGGACGGCAAGAGUCUGGCCAGAGCCGCGACGUACGCGCUCUGGGGCGGAGCGAAAUUUGAGGCCGCGGCGGCGGCGGGUGCUGCAGCGAGUGGCCCGGAAGUGCUAAGCGAAGAGGAGCGGAAACGCGAAGACGCGAUCAGCUUAUGGAUGGUCAAGGCGGGCGAGAAGCGAAUGAAAGACGCGGCGGAAGCGGCAUUCCGGCUCCGGCUUCGAGAAACUGCGACCAAAAGCCCUGUCCACUCGGACGAGUGCAUAAACUCGCCGGCGUUCCUUUCUCGAUUGUCUCCGCCAGUGAGCGCUCUCGCGCCGUCUGAAGCGGAGAUGUCGGAGACAGGCCGUCACCGCGAACGCCAGUUCUCCUCCCUCUUACAUAAGCAGACGGCAGAUUUCCUCACAGACAUGGUGCUGGUGGAUCACCAGUUGGAGCAUGCACGACGCAUGCGGGCGAUCCGCGCUCUGGCGGUCACGAAAAACGGCGGAGACUGCCCGGAAGUCUUCGAACAACUUCUUGGCGAUGCGGUGCAACAGACCUACGACAGGCAGCUCUUGAAAGGCACCUUUUCGAAGGAGGAACUCGACCAACUUUGCCUGGGGACGGAGCAGGAGAAGAAGGCGGCCGAGGCAGGGAAGCGGCGGCUCAUCGUGUGUCGGGCUGAAGUUCAGAGAGGCCAGCAACUCUCGAGACUUCACGGAGGCGAGCGCGAAGACGCGGCGCGAGACCUCUUCCACUAUUUCAACCUAAAAGCUUUCCACCGUCGCUUACCGCCAGACACGAGAAUUGCCUUCAGUGCAGAUCUCGCUGACCGCUCCCUAGGCAGCAAUUAUCAUCCGGCUCUAAGCGACUUCCAGCAAAACACCUCGGAUUUCAGAGAGCCUCCGACCAUCCGACUUGCAGGAUCCAUUCGGUCGCUUCCUGUUCUCGCACACGCUCUUCUGCAGCAAUGCAUUCUACUUGCGGCUUCCUGUUAUGACUUCCCGUCGAAGCUUCAUCUGUCGCCGCCGGCGUCUGUGGCCCGGCACCUCUGGCAGUACCUUCCUCCGGGCAAGGCUCAGCAAAAGCACUUUGCGCCGCCACCGCCCUCAGGCUGUUUCUCCAGCGCGGGAUCGCCACAUCUGCCUCCAUCUGUGAGCCCGCGGUCAACUCGUGGCGUCACGCCACUGCCUGCAUCGUUUUCCGAGAAGCCACCGUCGAUCGCGUCUCUCAUGAACUUUGCGUCUCAGGUUCCUUCGUUGAUGCAACAGCAGCAAAGCUUAGGAGCUGCAUGCAGAGAACUUGGCAAGCCAGGUAACUCCGAACAAGAACUAAGCCUGCAAAGUAAGGUGAUGGCGAAGGCGAAAGAGGCUGCUGUUUCUCUUUCGAAAUUUGAAAGAGAAUACGAGGAAGCCCGUGAGAAAGGUGAUGACUACCUUUUCCACUCGCAGCACGCCACAGCAACGGGAGCCGAACAGCUGGACGAUGCAAGCAAUAUCAGCCAUCAUACUGAAGCAGAGAAUGAUAUUUUUGUGGAGGCAGCAAACGCGGUCAGAGCGGCUGCAACAGACCCUAACGGGAUAUCGAUGGAGGGCGCUGGAGAGGAGUCAGGCGCUGAUGCAGUAAUGGAUGCAAUAAAGCAAGAGAAAGUGCAAGAACUGCAGCAGACGCUCCUGAAGCUGGCAACUCAGGAGCAAUGGCCAUUCUACGUCGAGGCUCCUGGGACCACCAAAGGUGCUACUCAAAAUAGCGCCGUCGGCGGAGCGCCGUUUAAAGACGAACUAGGAGGCGGUGUGCAGACACCACCAGAUUGGCAGGAGUUGCUGAAUCCGGACGAAAUGCUGAAGGUUCUGAAGUACGCGGUUGUUGAUCGUGAAGGCGUAGCAAGUCCCAGUCUUUAUUCGGAUCUGAUUCUCUCGGGCGCGUGCUCGGUGGAGCGAGCGAUGCAGAUCAUGGAGCAAGCACUCACAGUGCAAGCCGAUAAAAAUUCGGUGACUCAAACGCGCUGCGAUGGUGGCAGCUAAGGACUGAAUUCAAACCCGAUGCUUGUGCAACAAGACUACUUCCGACCAACGCCUGAGGCUACUCUCAGUACGAUAUGUGUCACUGCUCAAAAUUGCAGUCCACUGCAAUUUCACGUCGCCCUUUCAGCACUGCUCUGACAUCGGGUUCCGUCCCAUCCAAUGUAUUAUUCGCUGCGUCUCGUUGCGAACCUACUCAAGGGAACAAGAGCAACCGAGUACCGUCAUUCGAGUUCAAGGCAUGGUCGAGGGUGUGACUUUCAUAUUGAAACAAAUGAGGUCACCUGCUAGAUAGAUCGUGUCAGUGAGAGUUGUUCCGCGUGUCCCGUAAACCAAAGCGGGGGACGGACGCGAGUGCUAACCUGCUCACUCCUGGCAGAUUGCUUUCCGUUGUGGUAACGCAGAUGCUCUGUUUUGCAAAAGCUCUAAAGCCAGUUUUCAUUAAGGCC